AUGGCAAGAAUGUCUGUCGACAAGAAUGAUCGCGAAGGGUUUAACAGUGGUUUGACCCAACGGCAGUUCCAUGGCAAACGGACAGCGGUAGAUGAGAUGAGGAUAGUGAAGGAGGAAGAGAAUCCAACGCUGGUGGAAAGGAGAGAAGAGGCUGUGGCAGCAGCCAGGAUGAAGAUGCAAGAAGAGCUCGAUGCCAAAGCGUCCAUCUUUAGAGAGAAACAGAAACUGCAAGAAGAGGAGAGGAGGAGGCAGAAAAUAGAGAUGUGGGAGAGCAUGCAGCAGGGGAAGAGUUAUAAAGGAGCUACAAAACUCUCUCAGGUACUUUUUCACCUGAAACAUUUGUGUUUGUGCUGCUCUGUGGAAGGGUGUGUCCUCAAGUCUUUUUCUUUAAAGUGCGGCUGUUAUGAUACUCGUUCAUUUAACAAGUUAUUUAGACAGUUUCACUGGGAGGUUGUGGUGUGGAUUGUUGUAACAGUGGCGCCUUCAGUUGAUCUGUUUGCUGUAUCUGGACUUCCUUUCUUCUUUGCAUGUUUUACAGAUUACAAUCCCCUCACCGGACAGGGAGGAGGAGGUUCUUGUUCCUGGAGACCUGGCAGGAGAGGACCCUCGUCUGGUGGAUGAGGUUAAAGAAGGUUGGAGGCGCUGGACUGCUGGACCUUUGACCUCUGACAUCCUGAUGUUCACACUGGCUGUGGAAAUUAAGCUGAUAAUGUCACCUACGCCAUGCUUUAUUAGAGUUCAGAAUACUUCAUAGUUGUUGAUCAGUUGGCAUAAUUAAUGACCUGCACCUGCAUCUUAUUUCUCUUUGGUGUUCAGCCCAUUGUGUGCUUUUAGUCGAUAACUGAACUGACAAUUAUCUGCUUGUCAUGAAGCCAUUCCUAUAAACGGUUAUAACCAGUAGGGUUGGCUGAUGAUUUCCACACAACCAGUGUGUGUGAGUGCGUGUGUGUGUGUGGGGGGGGGUGUCCUUAUAUAUUUUAUUUUGUUUAUACCUAAGUGUGCCACUAUAGCUAAUAGUUUAUAUCCAGGACUCUAGCUGGUGCAUAAAACAGAAUGAAAUUGAACUUUCGGAUUAUAUCGUUGAAAAAUUGAUAUAUAAAAAUGGAGGUUCUGUACAUUGUUGUGCUCAUUUGCAUUAUACAAUAAAGAAUACAGUGCAGGAUUUUAAA